AUGCCGGAUGGAUAUGGUGACUGGCUAGGAGAGACGGAACAGGAACGAAUUAGGGGCUCGAACGGAUACUUGGAAGUCCUACAGCGUGUCACUGCAGCUUCAUCUGUACCCCUGCAGGCCGAUCUCGGAGUAUCCUUUACCAUCCCUCAGGGCACUAUGAUUGCCACCCACAACCCUACCUGCCGCAGAGUUGAGUCCACCAGAUCACCAGCUAGCAAGCAACGCCGUAAGACCGACUCCUCUGCAGCUCCAUGGCUGCGUGGAGCAGGGUGGGCCGGGCCAUGGACGGGACAGGGGCCAGGGGGACGAGCGACGACUGCCAGUCCAGCGUUGACGCGAGGCGCUGGCUGGGGCGUGGGCGGAGCCACUCAGGGGCCAGCCAGGGCCCAGCUGAGGCUUGCUGAGGCUUGCCUUGGGGCGUCAUCGGCGUCUUAG